AUGGCGAUUCUAUCGACGGCUAAUAGCGCUCUCUGCCAUCCGAUUGCGUCAAUUCCGGCAUCCACGUUUCGUUCUCAUGGAUUUUCGAAGAGAAUUUCAGGAAACGGGCACUGGGUUCGCGAAAGGAGAAGACUUUCUGUGAAAUCGAGCAACUCAGAGUCGAAAACUGAUGAAGCAACUCCAAAACGGACUAGUGCGAGUGAAAACGCUACGGUAUCUUCUGAUACGAGCGGCAAUUCAUCGAGCUUCUUGUCUGUUCUCUGCCCAUUGCUUAAACUUUUCUCUGGAGGUGAUCCUUCAGGACAGCGGAAUCAUGCUCUGGAGGUCGCAACUUCUUCAUUAGCAUCUGUUGCAAGACUUCCAUGGGGAUCUCGAGUAUCAUCUGGGAGCAUAGAUGUUUCCUCUAAUCCUCAUUUGCGAUUGCAGCUUUUUGAAUUUGAGGCAUGUCCCUUUUGCCGGAGGGUGCGUGAAGCCAUGACUGAGCUAGACCUUUCUGCAGAAGUUUAUCCUUGUCCUAAAGGAUCUGUAAGACACAGAGAAAUGGUCAGAAGAUCCGGCGGAAAAGAGAUGUUUCCUUUCCUCAUUGACCCGAAUACUGAUACUUCAAUGUAUGAGAGUGGUGACAUCGUGAAGUACCUAUUUAAUCAAUAUGGAAAUGGAAGAAGCCCUUCCACUGGACUUUUGGAAAGCACCUUGUUCACUGGAUGGAUGCCAACACUUCUCCGAGCAGGUAGAGGCAUGUCAUUAUGGGACAAGGCUCCAACGGAUCCUCCACCUAAUAUGCUUGAGCUCUUCUCUUACGAGAACAACUCGUAUGCGCGGUUGGUGCGUGAAGCACUCUGUGAGUUGGAGCUCCCUUAUGUAUUACACAAUAUUGGAGAAGGGUCCACACGAAUGAGAUCGCUUCUAAAUGCUUCAGGAUCUAAUAAGGUUCCGUUCUUGGUUGAUCCAAACACUGGUGUCCAAUUAGGUGAUUACCAGAAGAUUCUGGCUUACCUCUUCAAGACUUAUUCUUCAGCAGCAUCUGCAUAG